AUGGAGUUUCGGGUAGAUAACUGGGUAUUCCUAAAGGUAUCAUCAAUGAAAGACGUCAUGAUAUUCAAUAAGAAAGGAAAGCUUAGCCCUCGGUACAUUGGACCUUAUAAGAUCAUACGCAGAGUAGGCCAGGUAGCAUAUGAGUUAGACUUGCCUUCCAACUUGAAGUCUUUAUAUCCAGUCUUUCAUGUGUCUAUGCUCCAUAAGUAUAUUGGAGAUCUUUCUAGAAUCGUUCUAGUUGACAAUGUUCAGGUCACAGAGAGGCUAUCAUAUGAGGAAGCUCCCAUUGCUAUAGUAGAUCGACAAGUUCGGAGAUUGAGAACUAAGGAUGUAGUUUCAGUUAAAGUACUUUGGAGAAACAAGAAUGUGGAGGAGAUGACUUGGGAAGCUGAAGAAGACAUGAAGUAUAGGUAUCCUCACUUGUUUCUGCUUCCGAAGGAGGAUCAGACGAAACAUCACAGCCUUUAG